AUGCAUCUGAUGAAUGGGUUCAGUACAGGUGCUAAACGUCGACCAAGUUCAAAUUUUACUAAUGGUAUUCAAAAACGUGUCGAUACUCUUAUGGCACGUUACUACAACAACGACGUCGAUGCUGAGCAAUUGUUGGUUGUUAUUGCUACAAAUGAAGAUAAAAUAGAAGACGACGUCAAUUUAAAUAAAAAAAAAGAAAAUUGUCAUCAACUUCAAAUGCAAUUAAUUGAACAAUUAGAAAAACAUAGAAAACAUAUGAAAAUAUAUACUUGUUGUAAUCAAUUACCACACGAGACAUUUCCUGGAAUAGAACAUUAUUUUAAUAAUAUGACUACUGAAUUACCAUCUUCACAGACACAAUCAUUUGAUAAAACCGAAAGAACUAUAUCGUCUAAAGACAGUAAUGCAGCAACUGAUGAUGAUGAUGAUGAUGAUAGGCAUGUUAUUUAUGUUGAAUAA